AACCGUGACAGACGUUAUACAAUUUCAAAUCCCACCACGCGCCACUGGCGCCAAAUGACUCCAAGCUUCUACGUCAGGGUGAGCUGUAUGACAUCGCCGAUGUCCGAUUCGUUAACGAAUCGUUCUUUUGAGUCGGAUCUUUUCAAGGAUUCAGUCGAGCUGGUGCACACAAACAGUCUGAACGAUUUGUUUAGGAAUCGGAUGCAGAACGUUAAACACACAGGAAAUAUGUGUAUGAAAUUAAUUAGCCUAUAUGACAGCUUUAUCAACAAACUUACGCAAAAGAGAUGGUUUUAACAAAUAGCAUUUUAUUAAAGCAUGCAACUACUAUUUCAGCCAAGAAAUAUAAAUGAAUUUUAGUAUUGUUUCAGCCACAUCUAAAUUAACUGGGAUGAAUUAAAUUUCAAUAAGCACCCUUAUAAAUAGGCUGCAAUUUAAAACGUAAGCAAAAAUUGCUUACAUGUAGCUUUAUUGGAAUGUAGAGCUUGUAAUGCCAACCAGAAAUGUCAGGGACCGCGUAAUGACGGUUUUAAUGACUUAAAAUGAGUCCCUGAAUUAUUUUUGAACCGUUCAAAAGAACCGAUUUUCGAAUUUGAUUCGGAGUCGGACCUACCAGCCAUGCGUACGAACUUCCGGCUAAUCAAGUACGGAGAUAAGUGCUGUUAGUGCUGUCACCCCUAAAGCAGCAAAUAUAGGCGCAUAUUUGAAAACGCAAGGGGCGUGACAACUUGUGGUUGACUCCGACAUCAAUGGAUGAGCAUCUAUAACCUCACGACGCUGUUUACUGCAUCAUUAUAUAGCUGAAGCAAUGCUCGCUUUUGGUUUAACGAUAGUCCGACAUGGUGAGACGCAGUGCAACAAAGAUGGCCUUUUACAAGGUCAGAAAAUAGAUUCUCCGCUUUCUGAAAUUGGGAUACGGCAAUCUGAGGCUGCUGGCCAGUACCUCAGGGAUGUAAAAUUCACAAAUGUGUUUGUCAGUGACAUGAAACGUGCCAAGCAGACUGCGGAGAUCAUUGUGAGGAACAACAGAACCUGCCAUGAUAUAGAACUAGUAGCAGAUCCAUCACUUAAAGAGAGAAGUUUUGGUAUAGCUGAGGGAGGUCGAGUCAUAGAAAUGAAAAACAUGGCUAAAGCAGCCGGGCAGCCUUUACCAGAGUUCACUCCACCCAAGGGAGAAACCAUGGAACAGGUGAAGGUGCGAAUUAAGGAAUUUCUCAAGGCUAUGAUCCAGCGAAUAGCUAAUGACCAUCAAGAGAAAGUACAAGAUGGUGAGACAUCCAUACUAGAUGAAACCCAUUGGGCUCCUGCAGGACUCCCAGAUGACGGAGUCUUGAAUGUGCCUGUCCAUGCCUUGGUUGUUGGCCACGGGGCUUAUAUGAGCAUAAUGAUGCGGCAUUUUUUUGAGGACCUGAAGUGCCCCGUGGCCCGUGGUUCAGACCCAGCUCAACACUUUUCCAUCUGCCCGAACACCGGAAUGUGCCGUUUUAUUAUCGCUUUGAAAUGUAGUAAUACAGGUCUUGCACUUUCAGACAUGAAAUGCGUGUUCAUUAACAGAAGAGAUCACAUCAAGACUGAUUAAGAACAACAGUAUAUGAGUAGAAAAAGCAAAAAAAAAUGUUUACAUAUCAAGGUUCAAGCACUUAACCCAGAUUCAUAAUACAGAACUUUUGGAAAGGCAACCUUUACAAAUAUCUGAUUUGACUUUAUAAUAUGUAUAACAUAUGAAUCCUAUAUUUUAUACCAUGUAGACACUGGCAAUAUUAAAUAUUGUAUUUUGAAGAUGUUUAAUAAGGGAGUGUUUGUGUGUAUGUAAGUUAUGGAUUUAUUUUUAAGUGAUAUAAAAGUGUAAAUGUUAACUAAAUAAAUAUGUCCUACAUCUA